AUGGAGUUAAACGGCAACAACGGGUUUCCGCAGUAUUCCAAUGACCUUGGUCAUGAUUUUCACGCUCAAGCUAAUGAGAGCUUUCGUGAUCGAGAUGCAAUGUACAAGCUGAUCAUAAGUCAACUCUUUUACGAUGGUCAAGCUGCACUAGCGAGAAACAUUGCCGGCAUGGCAAAGAUCACCGAAGCGUGUCCUCCCAGUGACAGACUAAUGAAAAUUGUCUCACGGGCCAUCAGAACUGAUGGAGAUUUAGUAAUCCAGCGCGAUCAUCUCUAUCCAAAUGGAGCUCUUGAUCUUGACUAUGAAACUGAGCGCAGGGGCUCAGGCAUGAUGCCCUAUCAGUAUGAAACCGUGUACGUUACUUCGCAUAAAGGUCCAUGCCGAGCAGGUGCCUUCAGUCCAGAUGGCUCUCUCGUUGCCACUGGGUCUGUUGACUCCAGCAUAAAAAUCCUUGAUGUUGACCGGAUGAUAGCCAAGUCAAAUCCCCACGACCACUUUCAAGAUCCUCAGUUGAUGGAGAGGGCUACUGAUGCCCACCCAGUGAUUCGCACAUUGUAUGACCACCUCGAAGAGGUCAGCUGCCUUGCCUUUCACCCCAAAGAGCAGUUUCUCGCUUCCGGCUCGCACGACAUGACGAUAAAGCUGUUUGAUUUCGCCAAGCCUACUGUGAAACGGGCUUUCAAGUGUGUUCAGGAUUCAGCAGUAGUGCGAGCACUUGCAUUCCACCCCACUGGGGACUACUUGCUCGUUGGAACUCAGCAGCCAACUAUACGACUGUACCACCUGCCGACGUUCCAGUCAUUCAUAAGUCCCGUCAUUGCUGAUCAGCAUAAAGGAGCCAUCACUUCACUUAGCUACUCAAACUCAAGCCAGCUCUACGCCAGUGGCUCUAAAGAUGGCGAAAUUCGCAUCUGGGACACUGUCUCAAAUCGGUGCGUGGCUCAUUUUCCCUCGGCCCAUGAAGGCAGUGAAGUUUGCUCAGUUGCAUUUAGUAGAAACGGAAAAUACGUCCUCAGUUCUGGCAAAGAUUCGCAAGUCAAGCUUUGGGAGCUGUCUAUGUGCCGUGCACUGAUUGCCUACACUGGCGCCAGUAUUUCUAAGCAUCGUGCCCAGGGAUGCUUUAAUCACACGGAAGACUAUGUGAUGUUACCGGACGAAAAGAACACCUCUCUGAGCACGUGGGAUGCCAGAAACGCCGAACGACAGCAGAUUCUUUCUCUCGGCCACAACAAUGCCAUUCGCCACUUCGCUCACUCUAGCACUGCUCCUGCUUUUCUUACCUGCUCGGAUGAUUUUCGAGCACGAUUCUGGUACUACAGACCGGAAUAUAACGAAGCUUAA